UGAAAGCACAAAGGACAGACAAGUGAACACAAACCAUUUAAUAACCUUUUAUUUGUCCAUUUCUCGUACUCCCACGUUCCCAUCAGUCUGAAACUCUCAGUUUCACUUCCCGUCUUCCUCAACAACCAAAAAAUGCAUUACAAGAACCUCGGCAGAUCAGGCUUAAAAGUGAGCCAACUAUCUUAUGGAGCAUGGGUCAGUUUCGGUAACCAACUCGAUGUUAAAGAAGCCAAGUCACUUCUCCAGUGUUGUAAAGACAACGGGGUCAACUUUUUCGACAAUGCCGAGGUUUAUGCCAAUGGUCGAGCUGAGGAGAUUAUGGGUCAGGCUAUUAGGGAGCUGGGGUGGAAACGGUCGGAUAUCGUGGUUUCGACCAAGAUCUUUUGGGGUGGACCAGGGCCUAACGAUAAGGGUUUGUCGAGAAAACAUAUUGUGGAAGGAACCAAGGCGUCUUUGAAGAGGCUUGAUAUGGACUAUGUUGAUGUGAUCUAUUGUCAUAGGCCAGACUCGCAGACUCCUAUUGAGGAGACAGUCAGGGCAAUGAAUUAUGUGAUUGAUAAGGGUUGGGCAUUUUAUUGGGGGACAAGUGAGUGGUCUGCACAACAGAUUACUGAAGCAUGGGGAGUAGCAGAGAGGUUGGACUUGGUAGGCCCAAUCGUGGAGCAGCCUGAGUAUAACUUAUUGACCAGGCACAAGGUUGAAUCUGAGUACCUUCCUCUGUACACCAACUAUGGCCUAGGUCUUACCACAUGGAGUCCACUUGCAUCUGGAGUUCUUGCUGGAAAAUACAGCAAAGGAAUGAUACCAGCUGACAGUCGGUUUGCAUUAGAAAAUUUCAAAAAUCUUGCUAACCGAUCACUAGUUGAUGAUGUGCUGAAGAAAGUUAAUGGACUGAAGCCAAUUGCAGAUGAACUUGGUGUACCUUUAGCUCAGCUUGCAAUUGCAUGGUGUGCUGCAAAUCCAAAUGUAUCAUCAGUUAUUACUGGUGCUACAAAGGAAUCUCAGAUUCAAGAGAACAUGAAAGCACUCGAUGUAAUCCCAUUACUGACUCCUGCAAUUAUGGAGAAGAUUGAGGCUGUUGUUCAAAGCAAGCCGAAGCGACCAGAUUCAUAUAGGUAGAUGCAGGAUAACAGUUGCGUCAUUAUUAUAUGUCAUUGGCAAAGCGUUCUUUUAGAGCAAGGUUAUGCCCCAUUUUCUGUAAUCAAUUUGUGUACUUGAUGUCUCUUUGGUUUCUGUGUUUUUGUGCUUCAAACAUUGGAACUUCCAUGUGUAUGGGACCCUUAUGAAAAAGUGGGAGAUAAAAUGAAUUUGGAACUGGUUUGUGAUUGACCGUGGAUUGUGAAUGCAUAUGGUUUGGAAUACCAUGUUGGGAACUCAAAUUUAUUUAUUUUAUAAUAUCUGCGUUGGUCUGAAUUAUGGUGGCUUAAUUGAUAUUUCUCUGCCUAGCUUCUGUCACAUAGUUCAUACCCUGCCACUCAUUCUCUUUUCAA